AUAGUAGCCAUGUGUCAGGUGCUAAGUGACAAUAGCUAAAAGAUAAAAACUUGAAUGUUUGUGUUUUCACUCCUCAACAACAUCCCUCUGAACCAGGAUUUUCGUAGUAGCAUUCUCCUACCGAUCACAACGGUCCCGCCCAGAUCAUCGUCAAAAAUGAACUCCUAUUGGUUAAAACAAAAGAGAGCUGCAUGUACCGAGACCUGAUUGGUCCACAGCAAUGCCAAUCACUCUCCCUCGAGUCAGUCUAUGCAAAUCGUCGGAUAGAUGCGGAACAGAGGAGAGCACAGCGGGCAUAGAGGAGGCUGACGACAGUUGCCCUUCAUCACUUUUAGCACAAUUUUAUACAGUCGCGGGCCUGCUGUCCUAUUUUAUCGAAGUGGACUGGGAUAUAUAUACUGAAACGCUGUGAAAAUGGCGCAGCCAGACAGCAAGAAGAUUUUCUUUGAGAACCUGUCGGGAGCGGGGAAAGCCAUCGCAGUGCUGACGAGUGGAGGGGAUGCUCAAGGGAUGAAUGCUGCAGUACGUGCUGUGGUUCGAAUGGGGUUGUAUGUGGGAGCAAAAGUUUAUUUCAUUCAUGAGGGAUACCAGGGUAUGGUGGACGGUGGAGAGAACAUAAGAGAAGCCUCGUGGGAAAGUGUCUCCAGCAUGCUACAAGUGGGUGGGACUGUUAUUGGCAGCGCCCGCUGCAAAGAGUUUCGCACUCAUGAGGGACGCCUGAAGGCCGCUCACAACCUGGUGCAGCAUGGCAUCACAAACUUGUGUGUGAUUGGUGGAGAUGGCAGCCUGACAGGAGCCAACCUCUUCAGGGAGGAAUGGAGCGGGCUGUUGGGGGAGCUGGUGGAACAAGGUCUGAUUGAAGCCGAUGCUGUUCAGAAGUACUCUGCCCUUCACAUCGUCGGGAUGGUUGGCUCCAUCGAUAACGACUUCUGCGGAACUGACAUGACAAUCGGUACUGACUCUGCUUUGCACAGAAUCAUCGAGGUGGUGGACGCAAUUAUGACAACCGCACAGAGCCACCAGAGGACAUUUGUGUUGGAGGUCAUGGGCAGACACUGCGGCUACCUGGCCUUGGUUAGCGCCCUGGCUUGCGGGGCAGACUGGGUUUUGAUCCCCGAGAUGCCCCCAGAGGACGGCUGGGAGGAUAAGAUGUGUCAAAAACUGUCUGCGACCCGUUCCAGGGGCACAAGGCUGAACAUAAUCAUAGUUGCAGAGGGAGCCAUUGACAGGCAUGGGAAGCCUAUAACCUCUAGUAUUGUCAAGGAUCUUGUUGUUAAAUGCUUGGGUUUCGACACACGGGUGACAAUCCUGGGUCACGUGCAGAGAGGAGGGACCCCGUCUGCUUUUGACCGCAUCCUGGCCAGUCGUAUGGGUGUGGAGGCCGUCUUGGCACUGCUGGAGACCACAGCCAACACCCCAGCUUGUGUGGUCUCUCUGUGCGGAAACCAAUCGGUGCGCCUGCCUCUGAUGGAGUGUGUACAGAUGACUCAAGAGGUCCAGAAGGCCAUGGACGAGAAAAGGUUUGAGGAGGCAGUUAAGCUCCGGGGCAGGAGUUUUGAAAACAACCUGAAGACGUACAAACUGUUGGCUCAUCGUAAACCAGAGUCCGAACUGCCAACCAGCAACUUCAACGUGGCGGUGUUGAAUGUGGGUGCCCCUGCAGCAGGCAUGAAUGCUGCUGUCCGCUCAGCCGUCAGGGUGGGCAUUUCAGAGGGACACAAGAUGUUUGCUGUCAGUGACGGGUUUGAGGGAUUCUACAAAGGACAGAUUAAGGAGAUUAAAUGGGCUGAUGUUGGAGGAUGGACGGGACAGGGUGGAUCUCUGCUGGGAACUAAAAGAACACUUCCUGCCAAGCAUGUUGACAAAAUUGCUGAGCAGAUGCGAAAGCACAACAUAAAUGCUCUGCUAGUUAUCGGUGGAUUUGAGGCCUUGCUGUCACUGCUGGAAUUGUUAACGGCGCGCGGGAAAUAUGACGAGUUCUGUGUGCCCAUGGUCAUGGUCCCAGCCACUGUCUCCAACAAUGUGCCGGGCUCAGACCUCAGCAUUGGCGCUGACACGGCUCUGAACGCCAUCACUACUACUUGCGACCGCAUCAAGCAGUCGGCCAGUGGGACAAAGAGACGCGUGUUCAUCAUCGAGACCAUGGGGGGCUACUGUGGCUACCUGGCCAGUGUAGGAGGUCUGGCUGCUGGAGCCGACGCCGCCUACAUCUAUGAGGAGCCAUUUGACAUCAGAGACCUGCAGGCCAAUGUUGAACAUUUGACGGAGAAAAUGAAGACGAGCAUUCAAAGAGGACUGGUGCUCAGGAACGAGAACUGUAAUGAAAACUACACCACAGACUUCAUCUACCAGCUGUACACUGAAGAAGGAAAGGGGGUGUUUGACUGCAGGAAGAAUGUGCUGGGACACAUGCAGCAGGGAGGUGCACCGUCUCCGUUUGACCGUAACUUCGGGACCAAAAUCUCCGCCAAGGCCAUGCAGUGGAUUUCUAAAAAGCUGGUGGAGACGUUCAGACAAGAUGAAGGCCGAGUGUUCGCUAACACCGAGGAUAGCUGUUGUUUGCUGGGGAUGCGCCGCAGGGCUCUGGUCUUCCAGCCAGUUGUACAACUCAAGGAGGACACAGACUUUGUUCACAGGAUCCCCAAGGAGCAGUGGUGGUUGAAGCUGCGUCCUCUGAUGAAGAUCCUCGCCAAGUACAAGACCAGCUACGACGUCUCUGACUCCGGUCAGCUGGAGCACGUCGUACGCAUCCGGCCCAAAGAGUCGGACGCCUCAGUAGCCAUGUGAAGGCCCCCCCCCCCCCCCCCCCCUCCGUUGUACGGUGGCCCACAAAGUCCAGUCUGUGUGUAAGACUGAAGGUCUGUCUGUGAGGCAUCGCUCCAUGUGUUGUAAAAGAUCUCCAAUAACAACAUGAACAGCCGUCUCUGUUUGGCCACAUAAAGUGUUCAAUUCUGUCUUUGUCACCACCUUUACUGCCACUCCUCUCUGUUUCGUCUUGACAAACUUAUGAACUGUAAUCUAGCCUCUGCAGUGCUCCUAAUAUCCAACACACACAUACUGUACUCUCUCUCACACACACACACAUAAACACACACACACACACACACACACACACACAGCUGUCCUGCCAUGCAUCUGUGUGUCUUCGUUGCCCUGGAUGUUUAGUGUCAUAGUUGUUUUUAAAUUGCACUGUCUCUGUCUCCAGUUGCUUAGGCAGGCUCUGAGUGCAGAGCCGCGCGCGUGGACAGAAUAGACACUGUAUCUGCUGUAAAAACCAGUGUGUGUAUCUGCCUAGAACCAGUGGGAGGUUCAGCAUAUUUAUGUGAGACUGAUGCAAUACAGUUCUACUGCUGCGAGCCGAGAGAACUGCGUGCCGUGCUUUACACUGAAACUAAUAUUUAUCUUUUUAACAUUGUUUAUUAUUUUUGCUUGUAAACACGGAUAUAUUAUUAACUGUAGGCACUGCUGCACUUAGUGGCUCUCUGUCAUAUUGCACCAACAUGUUAGACAUGUAAGAGACUAAUGUUUCCAUCAGAAUAAAAAUCAAGACUUGAGAAGUGUACCCUA